GGAAGACAUGGUCUGAGCGGCUAAGGUAGCUUCAUCAAACCCGGCGUCUCUAUAGAUGAAUGAAAUUGGAUGAUUAUGUUCUUAUACCUUCGUAUUCUGAAGCCGGAAUCAGUGAGCUUUUUGCGUCAUUCAAGUCGGGAGACGCACGACGAGUUAACUCGAAGAUCGACUUCCACUCAGUUUCCCCGAGUGCAGUUCUAGUUAGCGAUGGGAAAAGUGCAUGCCGCCUAUAAGCCCUCCUCAUCAGCAUCUAACAGUUCAUCCCAUCCUCGCGGAUGAACAAGGUAGAAAAACCCCGCAUACCUCGCCGUUUCCGCAGUGCGAAGACAAGAAACUCUAGUAUCGCACCCCAUUCUCACUGUCUCGCUCUCAUGAUCA